AUGGAUAUGUGGUCAUGCUUUAUAGAAAGUGGAAAAAAUAAAAGGAAAGCCGCUCUAUUGUAUAGCCAACGAUUUGGACUAGAGAGGCAAGUUCCUAGUUCAAGUAUUUUUAUAAGAUUGGAAAAAAACUUAAAAGCUACUGGAAGUUUCAAUAAAAAUAAAAAUAGGAAAUGUACCAAAACUACAGAAGAAUAUUCUCAAAUUGUUUUAAAAAACUUAGAAGAAAAUCCUAAUACAUCUUUAAGAAUAGUAUCGAGUAAGUAA